GCCCUUCGCAGAAGUAGAUUUUUCUAACGAAAAAUAGGGCGUAAUCCAAGCCUAGAUCCUCGAGUUUGGAUAAUGUUGCCACGCUAUGCCACAUUUUCCUCCCACUACUAUAUAUAGAAGAGGGCGUCGCUCCUUUUUCUCCAUACCAUUUGUUUCUUAAGAUUCCCAUCACUAUUUAUUGAUCAUCUUUGUUGUUUUUCUGCUUUCAAUCUCGUUGAUUGAAGAUUUCUGUGUUUUAAAAAGGAUUCCUAGAAAGAGAGAAAGAUGUUGGCAAUUUUCAACAAAGGGUUAGUGAAUCCACCCCAGGAGCUGUACAGUCCAGCUUCAUUAUGUUCAUCAAGAAAACCAAAGCUUCCUGAGGAGAUUGUGAAGGAUUUUGUAUCUUCUAAUCCUUCUAAUGCUUUCACAAUGAGCUUUGGAGACUCUGCAUUGCUUGCUUGUAUUUCACAAGGAAAUUCUUAUCCCAGACAGCAGAGGCUGUUCUGUGGAUUGGAUGGCAUAUACUGCAUUUUCUUGGGGAGCUUGAACAACCUGUGCAGCCUCAAUAAACAGUACGGGCUAUCGAAGGGCACCAACGAGGCCAUGCUUAUUAUUGAAGCAUACCGGACCCUCCGUGACCGUGGCCCAUAUCCGGCUCACAAGGUUCUUCAGGAUAUGGAUGGCAGGUUUGGAUUUGUGGUCUAUGACAGCAAGGCUGGACAGGUCUUUGCUGCACUGGGAGCAAAUGAAGGUGCUGAGCUGUUCUGGGGGAUUGCAGCUGAUGGGUCAGUGGUAAUUUCGGACAACUUGGAGGUGAUAAAAGGAAGUUGUGCUAAAUCAUUUGCGCCAUUUCCAUCGGCAUGCAUGUUCCACAGUGAACAAGGCUUGAUGAGCUUUGAGCAUCCAAGUAGCAAAAUGAAGGCGUUGCCUAGGAUUGACAGUGAGGGAACAAUGUGUGGGGCUAACUUCAUGGUUGAUGUCCAUUCCAGAAUUGGCAGUAUGCCUCGUGUUGGUAGUGAAGCCAACUGGGCUUUGGGAGGUUCACGAGCCUAGCUACUCAACUCUCCAAGGGAUAAUGUGAUGACCGAUGAUUCCCUUUUUACUGUUCUUUAAAUUUCCAGCUUUCUGGUUUUUAUUUCCAGCUUCCUGUAUAUAUUAUUCCCUUGCCUUGAUUUGGUUCCGUUAUCGGCUUAUAUCGGGAGGAUUAGUGCCCUAAGAAUCUCCCCCCCUCGCAGCUUUUGCUGGAUUCAAUUUUUCUUGUUUUCGUUAUCAGUUUCCUGUAUUUCUCAAUUGAUUAAGCUUGCCGAUCAAGUUUAAUGGGAAGAAUCAGUGUUAAUUAA